GGAGGUCGUGUUUGAACUUGGAAUGAGCAGUGAUCCCAAAUUCCAGCAGCCAGAGGCUGUUGUCUGUUCUUACUGCUCCCUUCCCUUCAGCCCAUCAGCCUCAGCUCUAGGAUGACUGUAUCUUUAUGACUCAGCCCCUGGAGGAGCACGAGCAUUUCAAGAUGCUCCUUUCCCAGUUGCUGCCCCUGGACACUGAAUCCAUGCUGGCCGAAGAGGACAUGAAGGAAGGGUCCAGCUUUGGACCUCCGUUGCUCUCCUCCACACUCCCUUUCCUCCCGUCUGGGGCCAGAACCACCCGGCUCUCACUCUGGCGCAAGACUCUGGCCAAUCGCAAGUGGGCGCUGGCUGGAGAUUGGGCCUGGAAGGCCAUGCCCAGGGGCUGCUUUGGACUGAAAAUGGACCGAAUUGGGACCUUCAGUGGUUUGGGGUGCUAGCCUUGUAGAAACUCUGAGGCACAGGAGACUGAGGCAUCUGGAGAACCUGCUGCAGACAAAACAGGAAUAAGCCUGGCAUACUUGCCACUGAAGCCCUGAAACCCUUGCCCUAGGCUGCCAGCUGAAGGACCACUGCGGCAGCGAAGUUAUGAAGUGGUGCAAAGCGGGCCGAGCACAGGGGUUGCCCAGCUCUGCUAGCGCCCCGUGGCCCCAGGACCCCUACCAGGCGCACGCCACCCCCCUCUCUGCUCGGCCAACAGGUCCCGCUGCCCAGCUGGCAGGGGUUCACAGGCCUUGGCUGUUCUCUCUCCUA